UCGGCUUCAGCUUUCCCACACACAGAUUGAAAGCUUAAGAGGCAUAAUUGAUCGCUCGCAUGAGCUCGAAAACGGACAUCGCCAAGCUUUACGCGCACCGUAAUUGGAGCUCGUCGCCGCGAAUCCCAUGGAUCCACUCCAGAGAAAGAGCGUCUAGAGAGGGCAGAGAGGCGAGCCGCGAGACACAUGCUUCAAUGGCCUCAGAAUCAUCUGAAGAUGUGGAUCAAACUAAUUAUGGACCGCACAGGUCUCCAACUCCGAUUGAGGCAGAAUCUUCGAUCAUUUCUCAAGGCCUGGCUGCCGCUGUUCCGGCCCCUCACCGAUCUGUACUGGCGAACACAAUUUGGUAGGAAUUGCAGUAUUUCAUGGUUGCGCAGCAUGGAACAGAGACAUACGUCCCCACAACCGACAAUUGAAGGCCCGACAUUAAAUAAGUCGAGGAAAUUUGCUGCUAGUUGCAAAAUAGCAGCGAGUACAAGGACACGCGUAAACCUCGGCCCUCCGGAAAUGAUGGCUGAGGAUCAUGAAACCCUCGAGACUUCAUGCGGCGCUGCUUCUGAUGAAAUGCCCACCCCUCAGGCUUUUCGGCCUCAAUGUCCUUCAAAUCUUCCGUCAGUCGCAGCGGUGACACUCCAGUUCCCUUCUGCCUUUAUGGACCCUUCAAUCAGAUAACUUCAGAAGCCAGAGCGAUCGGCAUUCCGGGACUUCGUAUUUUGACAGAGCUUUCGGCUGUCAGAAUACGAAGGCUUUAUAAGAUCUUAGUCCAUCAGAGCUUCCGGCAGGAGGAGUAGUAGCGGUGGGAGAGGUGUCUGUCGGGGCUUCUCGUUCUGGCAGAAUUUUCGAAUUGAGAUUCCUGUCAGCGCGAAGAUGUGUAUUCUUCAACCGUGCGCGGAUCCACAAGAGGCAGGCAUCUGGUGGAGGGACGAUGUUUCCUGGAGGAAGUACGGAUCUGCGCAUCAGUUGCAGAUCAGAAAAGGUCUAUCGUCUGGUGUGAAGGCUUUAGACCUUGGCAGGAUCAAGUCGUCCGUGCAUCCGAAGGGAGCACGCUACACGGUGAACCUGCAAAAGAUGGAGCAGGUGGCCGUAAGCAGCGGGCAGAUUAGGCCCAUCAAGAUCAUCGACCGCAGGGCAGUCCAGGCAGGAAAGUCCAAGACUCCUCCACAACCGGCGCUGGCACCACCCCCGCCGCCUCAGCAAAAGAAUCCAGUUAUAGUCCACUACAAGGACUCGUCUGGUGUGCUAAAACAGUACGACCAGGACACCGCCAAAGUGUUGCUGAGGGCAAUCGCUAGUGGGCAGAGUUGGCUUGUACGCGCGAGCUCGAGGAAAGCAACAAUCACUCCCUCAGUUACAACAGCAUCAUCAUGGAAAUCAGAUUCGGACUGGAACUGAAGGGGAUGUAUUGCAGUAUAAUGACGAAGACGUGGUACUAGCCCGAUGGAAUUAUGUGCCUCCUAGUGACAGAAUUGUAAAUCAGCAUAAUUGGAUUCACGUCUUAUGAAGAGACUUCCUAGAUGUCGAGCACCCGCCGUUAAGCCCACUUUUAACCCCGGUACCCAAGUAAAAAGUGGGUUAAGUGAGGAUAAUCACAAGUGAUUAAUAAUCACUUAAUGAUUUUAAUAAUGAUCUGACACAUCGUCCACCAAAAGACAUCCCUGGAGUUUACUUGCAGU